GAGGUAAACUCGACGGCAGCAGCGCGAGUAUAAAAGCCCAGUACAGACGUGGUUCAGACACAGUACAGUUUCUAUUCGCUUUUCGACAACUACAAGUCGAAAAUCCUAACUACACACGCUCAAUAAGUCUCUGCAGCGGACUUUUCCAGUCAUCACCAUGAAGUUCACGAUCGCAUUAACCCUGUGUUUGGUUGCCGUCGCCACCGCAGCACCAUACGUGCCCGUCGUACCAGUCGUGCCUGUCGUUCCGGCAGUCGUACACCAUCCGGCUUCCGUUGUACACUCGUCGACUGUCGUCCAAUCGCACCCGUCGCCCGUGGCCCGUGUGGUUGCCGUACCAGCCGUCGCUCAUCCCGUUGCCGUCCAUCCGGCAGUUUCCGUACAUCCGGUUGCCGUCCACCCGGUAGCCGUCCACCCGGUAUUGCCCGUCCACUCAGUCGUCCACUACUGAUUUUCGACUCUGGCUAACUUAAUUUAUUGUUAUGCAUACACACACCGUAGUGCAUAGACCUUCUUCAUUUAUUUAUAAAUUAUCAUACUAUAUUUCAAAAAACUAACGGAAAAAUGUUAUUUUGGUCAAAAAACUAUUAUAUUGAUUUAAUAUAAUAAUAAUGAUUGUCAUAACUUCGUA